UAUUUUCUAAAUCUGAUAUAGAAAUUAUAAUUGACGUGACAAGUGUUGGUGUUUGCGUGGCAUCCCCAAAAUUUUAACUAGAGAUCAACUCAUCAAUUAUUCCUCAAAUUUAUUUCCCUAAACUUUAAUUUAGAUUUCUUCCUCGAGCCGAGGACGAGCCCCUUUCUGAAUUGGGCUGCCUCUGUGCGUAGUAGGCUGAACCCGUUUUCAUCUAUGGAGAAAGCGUCUUCCGCCUGCCGCCGUCUCCGCCAUCUCCUUCUACCUAAACGCAAGCCCGAUUCCGUCGUCGCGGUUGCCACCUCCAACACCCAAGCCAAAUUUCAAAAUGUCGUCGAGAAAUUCAAGAAAUUGUCAAACUCUGGCGGAUUCCGGGCGCAACGCGCGCCAUUCAAGGCCGCCGUCCGCCGCCUAUCGCGAGCCGGCCACUUCUCUCACGUCGAAGACAUCCUUCAACACCAAAAGAAGUACGAAAGUAUCAAAAACGAACACUUCACCGCCCGCCUUAUCCACCUCUAUGGCCAGGCCAAAAUGCUCGACCACGCCCUCCAACUGUUCGACGAAAUGCCCAAACUAAACUGCCCGCGCACCGUUUUCUCCUUCAACACCCUCCUCUCCGCCUGCUUCCCUUGCAGAAACUUCGACAAGGCGAUCGAGCUGUUCCGAGAAUUACCGGCGAAGCUGUCGAUAGAGCCCAACGCGAUCACCUACACUUCAGCGAUGAAAGCGUUCUGCAAAACGGGAUCCUUCGACGACGCCGUUUCCUUGCUGGAUGAAAUGGCCGCGAAAGGCGUCGGCCCCGACGCCGUAACGUUCAGCUUGCUGUUGGGUGAGCUCUACCACAGCGGUAGAUAUUUGGAGGGCGAGAAUGCGUGGAAUCUGAUGAGAGAGAAGGGCGUGGAUCCGGAUGUGAGGUGUUAUAACUCGAGGGUGCAGGGGAUGGUGAGCGAGAAGAAAAUGUGGGAAGCGGUUGCAUUGGUGAGGGAGAUGGAGCAGAAGGGGCUGCGGCCCAACAGCUACACUUACAAUGUGUUGAUCAAAGGGUUCGUGGAUGAAGGCAAUGUUGAGGAGGUGAAGAAUUGGUAUGCGGCGCUGCAGGAGAGCAGCAGUGCUGCUCCCGACAUCUUCACGUACCUCCGACUUGUUCCCUUUGCGUUGGAUUGCAUCGGCGUUGAUUUGGCAUUGGAGUUGUGCAAGAAUUCUGCCGGUCUGAAGAAGAAACUUCCUGUGGCGAUGGUGAGGAGAGUGAGUGAUGAGCUGCUUAAGCACUCCAGAGUUGAGGACGCCAAACACCUGCUCCACUUGUAUACUUUGCCACAUUCUCAACCCUGAUUAUCUUCUUUUAUUAUUAAGAGUUACACUUGUUUAAUCAGAUUGAUGGUUUGGAUUGCCAGUUUUUGACAAGAUUUAGUGUUUUUUUAGCAUUGUGCAAGAAGAUGAGGUGUAUUGGCUCA